UAUGUGAGAGAAAUAUCGCUAUAGGAUUUUUGUAGGGUUUGGAUUUAUUUACAUGACUUCGAGGCAACCUCUUUAAUAUAAUAAUUUUGGAAUUGGUACUAGUAUUUUUUAAUUUAUACAUUUUUUGAUAAAAACACAGAAUAGAUAAGAUCUUAUUUAUUCUGUGGUAAAAAUAUGUCUAGGAUUUCGGUAGUCCAAUGAAAAAAUAAACUUAUAAGAUGCACGGCGUAGUCAAAUAAUAUAUGUUAAUUUGCGUUUUUAUAAUUUUUUUAUUUAUUUAAAGUUUCUUAUAUUGCAAAUUAAAAUUUUUUAAUAUGUUGCGGCCAAAAGUUUUAUCACAAAUUUUAAGCCAAGCUAAUACAAAUGGAGUUGAAAAUACUAUGUUAUUAACUCAUGAAGGUUGCCUAUUAGCAUUCAGUGGUUAUGGUAAUAGAGACUCAAAUAUCACAGCAAUAAUUGCUGCAAACCUUUGGAAUACAUAUCAAAAAAAUGGAUUAGUUACUUUAAAAGAAGAUCAACUUCAACUUGUAUUAAUGGAUUGUUCGGAAGGCAGAGUAGCUAUCAAACAAGUAGCUAAUAUUUUACUAUGCUUAUAUGCUAAUCGAUCAGUUGAAUUUGGUUUGCUUAAAGAAAAAAUCACAGCUUUAUCAACAUAUUUAGACGGACCACUGCGGCAAAUUGCAUCAUCAUAAAUUUUAAUUUUUUUAAUUUUAUGUGUAAUAUUGUAAUGUGUAAUGUAUUACAUAAUAUUAAUGGUAAUUAAAUGUAAAUAUUGUAACAAAAAGAUACUGUAUAUAUAUUUUAAAUUAAUUUUAUUUUUUAACCACUUGUAUUACAUCUUCAUCAUGCAUAAUAUGUUGCAAACCCACUCUCUGUGGAGAGUAUUUAGUGCUUGUGCCCUGUAAAAUAACACAAGUUUCAUCACUAAAAGAAGAACAAAAUUUAAUAUUGAAUAUUUAAUAAUUACCCAAACAAGAGCAUAUUUAAACUGUUCUGCUAAAGUACGAUGAAUUGAAUGACACACAUGUUCAACACUUACUCCUUUUCUAAGAAUUAAACAAUCAUCAAAGUCUGGAGGUUGACCAGGUUUCUUUGUAUAAACCCGAAUCAAUGAUAAGUACUGCCAUAAAACUUCUAAUAAGUAAUCAAGAUUUAAUUUCAUAUUGCAGCUAAAAAAAAAUUAUAGGAAUUUGUAUGAAAUACUUUACUUCAUUCUUUAUUUUUAUUUUUGAAAUAACCAGUGAGUUGAAUCUAUUGAUCUUCAAUAUUUUAUUAUAGUUAUAAUACAAAAUUAUUAUUAUUUAUUAUAAAUAAAUAUUUUAUUAUGUGUGGUAUUAUACUAUUCAUGUUCUUUUUAUUAAAAUUACUUAUUUCUUUA